AUUUUGAGUUGAAUUUCAUAAGAAUACUCUGCUUAAUUUUUGUACGCACAGAUUUUUUCCGCAAAUGGUAGCGUUUCAAUUUUGCAAUUUCCUUUUUAACUCACAUAUGAUUCAUUCGUUCCAACCCAUUAGUGCUACUCAACUAUUACUAUUAAUAGUUAAUGAUUUCAACGAUUCCAAUAAUUCCAAUGUCGUGGAAUUGUCUUUCAGCUGAAUCCAAUGAGUCUGAUCCCAAUACAGGGCGGGCUUCUUUGCUGUGUGAUCUUUUCAAUACAUACUCGAAUUCAAGUAUACUGGGAAAACAAACAGACUCUGAUACAUUAAGUACUUAUUUCAAAGAAGAAAUUCUGGAUGCAUGUAACGUGAAAGAGAAUACUGAAAGGACUUAUUAUUACAAUUGUACAGGUAUGAGUGAAAGACUAAGGGCUAAAUUUGAAAAGUAUACAAGAGAUAUAGAAGUGUGUGAUAAACCACCCAAGCCCCUUACUAGAAUGUCUAAAGAAAUAAUUGUACCAAGAACUAAGUUGGAAGAUAAUAAAGAGGAAAAAUCUUGUGUUGAAGACAAGUGUGAACUGAUAUAUUCUGAAUUUACUGAAGAAGCUCCUGUAACUAAAGAUUUAUGCCUAUUAUCCCUGAAUAAUAAUUACAUGUCUUUAGCGGCAAGGUUCUACUCAUACAGGCCUAUCUUAGAAAGAUUAGAUUUUGAAUAUUUUGAAGUGAUUGAUGAUUUGAAACCUUAUCUUGCAAGAAUUCAAAAGACUGUGAAUGAAAUAUCUCCAACAAUACCCCGUGAAAUAACAACCGGAAUUGUUGAAAAUCCAAUCAAUUUAUAUAAUAAUAAAGAGUUUAUUCAAAGCUCGUGGCAUCUCAAGAGAUCAGGUAUAUUACGUAAAUUCCUUUUCAAAAGAAGGAAAAGCUUAAAAGUGUCAAAUUAUGAUUCUACAGUAGAGAGCAUCAAUCCUUACUUUACUGCUAUAAACUACCAGAGACAGGGUUGUGACGAGUCUUUAUUGAACAUUGAUUACCCUACAUUUGUAAAAACAAAGACCAAAAACAAUUCAGAAGUAUCAUCUAUAAACCUGGAACAAAUUUUAAAACCUACCAUCACAUUAUGUUCUAGUAGGACUGGUCUGAGAACAUUUCGUAACAAGCUCCGGAAUCGAUUUCCCCUUUCUUUAUCCUAUAAAAAAUAAGUAUAAAUAGCACAAUAGUAAAUAGCUUUCCAAUACACCAUAGUCUUUACUUCAUAUCUCUUUUUUUCAAAUGUGUAAUUGACCCACCAAGGAACAGAACAGUUGGUUGUGAAACAUUUUAUUUCCAUUUUGCAAUUAAAAG